AUGGACGCUUUGCACAAACACCGCUCGCUUUAUAAGAGCACCACCCCGCCAUGGAAAGAAACUUAUCGCAAGCGAUGUGUAGACAGGCUAAAGAACAGCCGGUCCAGGCUGCUGGAGAGAUACCGGCAGGGCGGAGAGAGCGUCCGAGCCUCCAUCAUCGUUCAGGAAGUGAUGGAGGAGGAGUGGACCGCUCUGCAGUCGGAGGACCAGAGGCUGCCCUCGCUGUGGGGGCCACAGGGCAAGACAGAGAUGCUCAAUAUUAUGAGGGAGUAUGACGAGCUGGCGGUGCUUGAAGAAAUCCAGCAGGAGCUCAUAGCCCAAGAAAUGUCCAUAAUAGAAGAGUAUGAGAGGAACCAGCAGUUAGAACAGCAGUAUAUAUCAUCCAUGGUGGAAGGAAUGGAGGGAAUGCAUAUUAUUUGCCCAAUAUGUCGCACGAACAACCUGCUCAUCAACAGCUAUUUUAUCUCCUGUCCUUGUGGACUUUACAUCAACACUAAGAAACGGAACAUAACUCCGGAUGUCCUGCAGCAUCUUCUAGAGACCAGGGUGUCAGAGCACAUGGAGGACUGUUUGCACAACCCCGUUUUCUCUGUAGCUAUCAACGCAGAAGCAGAAGCAUUACCCAACCUGAUGAUAAGCUGUAAGGUCUGUGACUACCUCUCUGUUGUCCUGUAA